AAGAAACUGAUAAUGUUUCCUUGAAUUUGCUUCUGUGUUUGCUUCGUCAAUGUCUGUCCUAUUGAAUGUCUUAAGAGAGAUGCUGGAGUACUUUGGUGUUCCCAUAGACCAGGUUUUGCAGAUUUGGGAAAAUAAAGACUAUGGAUCAGCUCGGAGUAUUGUUCGCAUUAUUGGAAAAAUUCUUCCUCUAGAACCUUGUCCCAGGCCUAAUUUUGAGUUGAUCCCAGUCUUGAACUCUGUAGACUCUGCUAACUAUGGAUCUGUAGUUCCAUCUUUUGCUGAUAUUUUGUGUGUGGCAAACGAUGAAGAGGCCAGUUAUCUCAGAUUUCGAAAUAGUAUAUGGAAAAAUGAAGAAGAGGAAGAAGUUGAAUACCCUUUGCAACUAAUUUGGGAUCCGUUGUCACCUGCUCUAAGACAUAACAAACCAAUGAAAAAUGAUCGGCCUGUAAGUGAAGCUGCAAUUAAAAAAAUAGUUGCCCUGGAAGAUGAGCUGGCCUUUCUCCGCUCUCAGAUUGCUGCAAUUGUGGGAAUGCAGGAACUGGAAAACAGCACAGGUUCUGGCGCCUUUGACUUGAAUGAUGGGCCUAGUGGUUUGGGACAAAUGCCAUCGUCAGGGACUGCUCAACUCAGUGACCAACGAGAUCUGUCUUCAAGAUCAUUGCUCCCUUCUGCUCCUCCUCCACCACUUCCCCCUCAGCUUCCGUGUUCUCCUGUGCGACCGGGGUCUGAUAAUAUUUGUGACUCAGAUAAUUCAGCAACUGAAAUGAAGAAACAGCACUCGGGUGCUUGUCAGACCAGUUACAGUCGUGGUCCAAAAAACCAGAAAAAUAAUGAUGUUCCAAACAUUCUGGAUGUUCUAAAGGAUAUGAAUAAGGUUACACUUCGUGCUGUGGAACGGUCACCUGGAGGUAGACCCAUUCAUAAGAGGAAAAGACAGAGCUCACACUGGGAUCCCGUGUCUUUAAUAUCCCAUGCACUUAAGCAGAAAUUUGCCUUCCAAGAGGAUGAUUCCUUUGAGAAAGAAAAUAGGUCUUGGGAGGCCUCUCCAUUUUCUAGUCCAGAAACCUCAAGGUUUGGACAUCACAUUUUGCAGUCAGAAGGACAGUGAACUAAAGGAAGACCUGACAGACACGAAAGAUGCUGACCAAGGUGUGCACACUGCGAGCUGUGCCUGCACGC